GGGUCAGUGACGGUUGGAGCCGUUGGUCCCGGUAAUGGCGGCGGCGGGGGGCCUGUGCGGACGGAGGCUCGGCCCCGGCUUCCUGCGGCGCGGGCGGUCAGGCCCAGGCCGAGGGAUCCGCCGCAACCUCCUGUCCGUCCCCAACCCUCACCCCUCCCAGGACCCGGGGUCAGGAGGUCAACAGCCCCCGGUUACUCGGUCAGUACAGGAACUCCAGCGACUGAGCCAGCGCCUGCAGAGGGUGCACCCGAAUGUUCUGGCCAAGGUGCUCCGGAAGAGCCUCACCCAGCACGGGGACAGCCUGCUCGCAGUUAAUAAACCCUACGGGGUUCCCGUGACAGCAGCCCCAGGCCUGGGUCCCAGCGUUGAGGAAGUGCUCCCGGUGCUGGCCAAGAUGCAGUUUGGGAUGAAGGCCGAGCCCCUGCACCUGUGUCACCGCCUGGAUAAAGACAGCAGCGGUGCCAUGCUGCUGGCCCGGGACCUCCAGUCAGCACAGGCCGUACGCCACCUCUUCAGGCAGCACCAGGUCACCAAGAAAUACUGGGUUAUAACUGUGGGAGUUCCAGUCCCUGCUGAAGGAGUUAUUGACAUUCCCAUCAUUGAGAGGGUGGUCAGCAGCCCCAGGAAACAUUUUAAGAUGGCCCUUGCUCCUUUAUUCCGAGUCGGUGACGUGGAGGGCACCAUGUUACGGGUGCGGCAGAGCCGAGCUGCACACACUGCUGUCACCCAUUAUCGCGUCCUGCAAAGUUCCGGCUCUGCUGCUCUGCUGGAGCUACAGCCAUUGACGGGCGUGAAACAUCAGCUGAGGGUCCAUCUUGCUCUGGGGCUCAGCUGCCCCAUCCUCGGUGACCAUAAAUAUUCCAAGUGGAACAGCCUCCAACCACAGAAACUUCCGGAAGGCAUGCUGAAACGGCUGGGCCUGCCCCAGCCAAAGUGCCGGUACCUGCCUCUGUACGUUCACGGCCGGCAGCUGUUGGUGCCGGGACCCGGGGAAGGGGACAGCUCAGCCUCCGAGACCCACCGCCUCCAGCUCAAUGUGGUCAGCAAGCCCCCCCGCUACUUCCGAGAAGCCCUGAGGAAACUCGGGAUCCAGACCCCGGAGAGUCCGUCCCAGUGACGGCGGGCUCCGCACAGCUCCAGGGCAUCAGCGAUGCCGGGUCAGUCAGGGCUGAGGGGCAGGAACGAGGGGCCUCCUUCAACAAGAACGAGAUGGGCGAUGCCGAGGGUCGGGGGAUAAAAAAAAACCAAGAGUUGAAAGCUCACUCAACCACGAGAGUAUUUACAGAGGCAUUCUGACACACACACACACAUCCGAGUCAGCGAGAGAGAGAUGGUUAGCCUGCGUUCUCCGGAGAAACUGGACUGUGCAGGCGUUUGGGCGUUCCUGGGUUGAACACGGUUUGUCGUACACGUCUCCAAAAGCUGGAAGGGAAGUGGCGUUUCUGCUGAAAAGCGGGUCGCUUUGCUCUGAUUGAGAUUUUUUGAGAAUGAUGGAGCUUAUCGCUUUAAAUUAUUGGACAAACGGCCUUGAUUGAGGGAAGGAUUCUGCCAUUUGUGACCUAGCAACAGCCUCUGAAAUCCAGUUGACAUUCCAUUUGCAGAAGAGUUCUGUCAGCUGGUGACAGAAGGUCUCUCUCUCUCUGAUCGAAUCCGAGCCAUUGUGUGACAGAGGAUGAAGAUUCUCGACAGUCGCCAGUUCAGUCUCCAUGAGGAAAAGGAACAAGUUCACGUAUUCUCUCAGUCUCUGAAAAGGCCGUCAUCCCCUUCCUGCCUUGCUUUCAGGGAGUGGGAGGUGUUGCACAGCUCCACCUCAGAAUAAAUUAAUCUUUUUUUUUAA